CGGACGAAUGUUUGUCGGAAGGGUUGACAUUUGCAGGGCCGGCCGUUAAUUAUUCAACUUUUUAUCCAUGAUCUAUUCAAAGUUUUGUGUAUAAUUGUCUAAUUCAAUCUUUCCUAGUAUAUAUUCAACUAUCUUAUUUUUUUAUCAUUCUAUGUCCAUAUCUAGGGUUCCGAUCAUCCGAUCUAUAAAUUUUCAAUUUUUUGUAUACUCUUUACUUCAUAAUUUUAGGGCACUAGCGUGCCAUGUUGCCUAAGAAGCUUUUUGUGAUGAUAACUCAUCGGAUGUUGAUCUUGAUAGUGCUUUUAAUGACUUUGCAUCAAGAAACGUCCUAAGAAACUUUUUCUGAAGCAUCGAAGUAUUAUUGUUAUCGACGGAAUCAGUCGAAUUUGUUUCUUUUUUAAGGUAAUAAUGUCAUGUUAGUUUUAUUUUGCUAUCUUUUUAGUAUUGUUGUCGUAAUAUGGCAUUGUCGUAUAAUUAUAACAGUCUGUGUGGUUGAAAGAUUACUAUAUAUAUAUAUAUAUAUAGGCUUAGGACUUAAGGGGCCAUAUCGUCAAGUUCGCCUAGGGCCUCCCAAAACACAGGGCCGGCCCUGGACAUUUGCGAACGUUUUGAUCGUAUUUUUAGUUGUGUGUGGGCUGACAGUUUUUUAGAACAGCAUGACAUUUUCUAGGAUGAAGGCUCGACUGCCACCUCCAUCAUAACUAAAACUGCGAGUAAAAAUGUUUGAAAUGCCACCUCUCUCAGGGAACGAUAAGGUUUCCCAAAAAUAUAACAACACAAACCGAGCACACCUACGUCACCGCUCUCCCCGUUUUCACUUCCACACGCGUUUUACCGUCCCAGAACCAAAUUUCAAAAGGAAAGCCUUCGACCGCAGCCACACGCGCGCAGAUCCCCCUCUUCUUUCGGCCCCUCCCCGCGCACUCGCCUUCAAACCCUAGCUGGCAAGCUCCGUCCCUCCUCCUCUCAUGGCGUCCCCGCGCACGCCCGACUCGCCCCGCGGCCUCAUCUUCGCGCCCUGCGACGCCGACCUCGUCACGAUCUACCUCCAGCGCAAGAUCUCCGGGUCCCCGCUCCCCGCCGCCGCCGCCCGGUACAUCCACGACGCGGACGUGUACGCGGCCGAGCCCGCCGCGCUCGUCACCGGCCUCCUCCCCGCCUCGGCGAGCAGCGACGGGGAGGGCAGGGAGUGGUACUUCUUCACCUCCGUGCGGGCCCAGAGCAGCCGGGGCACCCGCAGGUGCCGCGCCGUCGCGGGCGGGGUCGGCACCUGGCAUUCGGAGAAGGCGCGGUGCCACGUGCUCGACGCGGGCGGCGCCGCCGUCGGGUACCGCCAGCCCUUCACCUACGAGCCCAAGAACGGCUGGCUGAUGCUCGAGUUCAGCCAGGAAGACCCCCGCCCCGGCGAGGCGAUGCCCGCCCUCUGCAAAAUCUAUCAGAAGCGUCGUGCUGGCCGGUCCGCCUCGAAACCCAUUUCGUCUGGGUCGUCGUCGAUGUCCGGAUCCAAGAGGAAGGCGGCGGCCGCGGGCGAGCGCUCCGGCGUGAGGCGAUGCCUGCAGUUCCGUCCGUCUCCUGCCGCACCAAAUCCGCCCACCGUGGUUGCUACAUCGGAGAUUCAAGAAGCGUUCUUGCUUCCAGUUGAGCGGCCGCAGGCAGAGCAAGAAGAGCAAGAACCGCCGGUACGGAGAGCACCCACAGCCACACCGCUGAUUCCCAGCUUCUCCCUGACCUUCGACAGCACCGCCUUCCUCCGCCCCGCCCAAGAUUCGCCCACGCCAGCGAAUUCGGACCUGAGCGACACGUCGACGGCACUGCUGGGCAAUUACGAGUUCGUCUCACCAGCCAGCUCCGAGCUGACCUGCUACAAUGCCACGACACCCUCGAGCGAUAACACCGGCGCUUGGGCCUUCCAGCCGUCCGCCCUGACCUCCUCCAAUGGCACCACCUCCCUCCUCCCUGGCCAAGAUUGGGCCACGCCAGAGUCGUCACAAGUCAGUGAGGCAUCGACGCUGGAGAGCUACAGCUGCUUCUCGCCCGACCACGCCACAUCCAGGCCCACCACACUGCCGAUCAGCAACGGCACCGGCUAUUGUUGGUCUUUGCCGCAGUACAGCGAGCUGUCGGCAAUUUUUGGUGCCUGAUCGAAUGCUUUGAUACGCUUCCAUGCUAGGCUGAGAGGAGUGUGGGUCUGCCUCCUUUAGUUUGUAGGGAUUUUUGGUCAUACUCGAUUGUUCUUGCUAGACUUGUUCAGCAGCAACUCUGCUUUCUGUUCGAACUAAGGCUUGGUUCAGUUAACUGACAUCUUUGGCGAUGUAACUGGGAUGCACACAGCACACGUAGCUGUGGAUCCUUCGGUGUGCCCUCUUCCUAUAGCUUUUUCCAUAUGAUUU